CUCGAGCUGUGUGCGCCGCUCUACGGCACCUUCUCCGCGUCGUUCCUAUGGGCUCGCCAAUCUCCCUUCGCUCGGGCCAAGACUACGUUUCCCGAUAGGCCGUGCCGCGUGGCGGCAGCGAGGGGCGUGGCUUGUGGCGGCGUUGCCAUUGCUACGGCCAGGAGAUGGGCGCGGCUUAGGCUGCCUGUCUGCCUGCCUGCGUCGGCUGGGCUGGGCGAGCGGAGCGGGAUGGCGGAGCCGGAGAGCCUGGAGACGGCGGCCGAGCACGAGCGGAUCCUGCGCGAGGUCGACAGCACCGACACGGCCUGCCUCGGACCCACCCUCAGGUCUGUCUACGAUGGUGAGGAGCACGGGCGCUUCAUGGAGAAACUUGAUGCUCGCAUCCGGAAUCACGACCGUGAAAUUGAGAAGAUGUGCAACUUCCAUUACCAGGGCUUUGUGGAUGCCAUCACGGAAUUCUUGAAAGUCAGGGCAGAAGCUCAAAAGCUUAAGAAUCAAGUGACGGAUGCUAACAGAAAACUACAGAUGGAAAGUCAAAAACUGGUCGGAGCAAUGGAAGAGCUGAAACAGUGUCGGCUACAACAGCGUAAUAUUUCUGCCACGGUGGAUAAGCUCACACAGUGCCUUCCUGUUCUGGAGAUGGAUAGCAAAUUAAGAGAGCAAAUGAAAUCUAAAAGACACUAUUCUGCAUUGAAGACUUUGGAACACCUUGAGCACAUGUACUUGCCUCAAGUGAGCCAUUAUCGCUUCUGCAAGGUCAUGGUGGACAACAUUCCGAAACUGCAUGAGGAGAUCAAGGAAGUUUCCAUGUCUGACCUCAAAGAUUUUUUGGAGAGCAUCCGCAAGCACUCGGACAAAAUUGGCGAGACAGCAAUGAAACAGGCCCAGCAGCAGAGAAACCUGGACAAUGUUGUGUCUCAGCCCUCCAAAGCUGGUGGCAGAAGGUUCAAGAAAGAAGCUUGUGCAGGUCCAGACCAGGAGGUCACAAACGUGAGCCCAAUGUCCGAGCAGGAUUCUGGGAUAUUGGAUGUCGAAGAUGAAGAGGAGGAGGAAGAGGUCCCUGGUGCCCAGGAUUUGGUGGAUUUCUCUCCUGUAUACCGCUGUUUGCACAUCUAUUCGGUAUUGGGGGCCCGAGAAACCUUUGAGAAUUACUACCGGAAGCAGAGGAGAAAGCAAGCCCGGCUGGUGCUGCAGCCGCCCUCCAACAUGCAUGAAACAUUGGAUGGCUAUCGGAAAUAUUUUAAUCAGAUUGUUGGCUUCUUUGUCAUUGAGGACCACGUCCUGCAUACAAGCCAGGGCUUGGUGGACAGAGCCUACAUCGAUGAACUCUGGGAUAUGGCGUUGUCAAAAACAAUUGCUGCUCUCCGGACACAUUCAUCCUACUGCUCUGACCCCAACCUCGUUUUGGACCUGAAGAACCUCAUUGUACUUUUUGCCGACACACUCCAGGGAGACGGUUUUCCUGUCAACCAGCUCUUUGAUUUGCUUCUGGAAAUCCGGGAUCAGUACAGUGAGACUCUGCUGAAGAAAUGGGCAGGAGCCUUCCGAAAUAUUUUGGAUUCGGAUAACUACAGUCCUAUCCCAGUGGCCAACGAGGAGAUGUAUCGGAAAAUGGUCAGACAGUUUCCAUUCCAUGAUUCAGAGCUAGAAAAGCAACCGUUUCCCAAGAAGUUCCCCUUUUCCGAGUUUGUGCCUAGAGUCCACAACCAGAUUAAGGAAUUUAUCUACGCUUGCCUAAGGUUCUCUGAAGACCUUCAUCUAAGCUCCACAGAAGUUGAUGACAUGAUUCGGAAAUCUACCAAUUUGCUGCUGACUCGAACGCUGAGCAACUGCUUACAGAAUGUCAUUAAGAGGAAAAAUGUCGGACUGACGGAACUGGUCCAGAUUAUUAUCAACACUACGCACUUGGAGAAAUCUUGCCAGUUCCUUGAGGAAUUCAUAACCAACAUCACCAGCGUCCUCCCAGAAACUGUCCACACGACUAAGCUGUAUGGAACAACCACCUUCAAGGAUGCUCGUCAUGCUGCAGAGGAGGAGAUCUACACUAACCUGAAUCAGAAGAUAGACCAGUUCUUGCCGCUUGCAGAUUACAACUGGAUGGCUGUCGAGGCGAAUUCAAAGGCCAGCGACUACCUGGUGGACCUCAUUGCCUUCCUGCGCAGCACUUUUGCGGUGUUUACCCACCUGCCUGGCAAGGUGGCUCAGACGGCCUGCAUGUCUGCCUGCAAGCACUUGUCCACUUCGCUGACGCAGCUGCUCUUGGAAGCGGAGGUGAGGCAGCUCUCACUGGGGGCCUUGCAGCAGUUCAACCUGGACGUGGCGGAGUGUGAACAGUUUGCCAGAUCUGGGCCAGUGCCUGGGUUCCAAGGGGACACGCUGCAGUUGGCCUUCAUCGACUUGAGACAACUCUUAGAUUUGUUUCUCCAGUGGGACUGGUCCACAUACCUGGCUGACUAUGGACAACCGACCUGCAAAUACCUUCGAGUGAAUCCAGCAACAGCGCUGAUCUUGCUGGAAAAGAUGAAGGACACGAGCCGCAAGAACAACGUCUUUGCGCAAUUCCGGAAGAACGAGCGGGAGAAGCAGAAGCUGAUCGAGGCGGUGGCAAAGCAGCUGCGGGGGCUCAUCAACAGCCAUCACUCGUGAGGCGGGUGGCGGGGAAGGGCCAGGCCGUUUCCUGGGUGGGGGGUUCGAGAUGUUUUAGCGGGGGCUGUGCCCUAUGGCGCAGCAAGGAGAAGACGGCUUGUCCUGACACCAAGUCUUCACGGACGGUCCUUGUGAACAGACGUUGCCGCUUGAGGGAUUCGAGUGAUGUGAAGUCCAGAGCCCUGGAAAUUCCAUUUGGGAGCCAAAUGCCAGUGAACCCACGGCUUUGGUUUUUGUUGAUCAGCACCAUUUUUAAAAGGGGUGUCUUGGCAAAGAAGCAGUUUACUUGCCUGUAACGUAGAUUUGGUUGUUAGACAUAUGGCUGUAGGGAGAGGGUCAGGUUGGGACACAUUCCCGUGGCUGGUUUCUGGUGGUGGAUGUGGUGGUGUGUGUGGUUGUGGUUUUACAUUGUGAAACCUCCAAUCCUUGCAGAUCUUGGCAAGGCGACUGGCACUGCCCAUGCUCCAACGCCUUGCUUCGUAAAGGGUUUCCAGAACGUGGUACCUGGCAUGUUCAGAGCAUAACCACAACCAGCUGCAGGGGGUAACUUCUUCUCCAGAGGAAAAACGGUUCUGUGAAGUGGCCUUUAUUUUGCCUGGACGAUCAAAGGCACACAGCCCUCCACCCCCGGCUGUACCGUGGCUGCUUGUGGACUGAGUUUUAAUUAUCUUUUUACUGCAGGUCUACAGUGAGUUCAUUAAGAAUGGGAAAUGGAGAUCUUUGGGUUUAUCCGCUGUCUGUCCAUGAAGGCAAGCGCUGUGAUUUCCUUGCACGGCUGGGCCAGAGGGGAAGGCUCCCCUUUCUCCUGUGCAGCAUGUCCCACUGGCCUCCAGGCUGGUGGCGCCUUCCCUGCCUUGCACAUCCACCUGAGACGGGGGGCGGGUGCAGUGAUGUCACUUCCUGGCCCAGAUUUCUACUUGGCUCUCCUGACAGCAUUUUUAAUGCAAGCUGGUUAUUCUGCCCGUGGUUUCAGCAGCGGUGCCCUUUUUCAAAAAAAGCAAAAUCAAGGAUUUGUCAACAUUUGGGUACCUUUGACCCUCUCCUGGUAAGCAGUUUGCUCUGGAUCCACAUUUUCUUUCUUGGCUGUCUUCAGCGACGGAGGGGCAGUUAUGAAGCCUUUAAUAUUUGUGAGAACACUGUGCAAGAAUCUUCCUAAAAAAAUAAAUAAAUCCAAGGAGAGGUUUUAAAGAUGGGAAUCACACAGCUAGAAAGAGAGAGCAUUCUUGGUUAUUUGAGCCCUGCUGUUUCCACAGAUGCAUGUCACUUCCCCUGCCUGGGCAAGAGGCUAGUUGCUUCUGCCAAGUUUUGGUAGUGGUGGGUAAUUUGUCCCAUGAGCCACCGGGCAGCCCCCAUUAUGUCAGGCUAAGGGAGGCAGCUUGUCUAGCCCUCUCAAGAGUUGCGGGUGGCACGGGCAGGCAGUGCCCCAUGGCAGCAAGCGGGAGUUGUGCUGCCUUCUGGUGCUCCUGCACAAUUCCUAUUGACCUCAGGUGUACAUUCCUGGUGGCAUGGGCUUAUUCCGUCCUCCCAACACACGGCAUGCCUCACGUGUGCUCUCAGGCAUGUAGAAAGCCUUCUUAAGGGACUCCUGAAGUAGGAACUGAAGAUCUGGUGGUCCAAAACUGCAUCAGUAGUUUUGAUCAGGUGAGUCAGAAUUGCACAACUCCGCCGUAAGACAGAAGCCGCCUACAGUGUCUGCAGCCCGAGUGGAUGUGGUUGGUAACAGCCAAACAAGCUGCUCCAGGUGAGGAUCCCCAUCUUGCCUUGCCUCCCCUGCUCCUGUGAGGCCCCAUUUCUGCCAUGCAGUUCCCCAGUGGCAUGAGAGAGGUCUUGAAGCUGGUCUGCCCAGUGAGGGCAUUCUUAUCCUUGCCACAGGCAGAAGAGAGCAAGAGAGCUUUGGGGUUCACCGGAGGGUGCUGACUUGGAUUAUGAUCUCCCCAGGUACUCUGGAGCCGUCCAUCUACUGGCACCACCUUUUGAAGGCGGGUUUGAUUACUCCUUCCAGGUCAAAUUCCUUUCGGGUGCAAAACAGUCAUAGGUGUGAGACCUGGGAGUGUGAAAGAGAAACAUUGCAAGCUUAGUGAGAGGACUUUUCUUCCCAGUUAAACUGGUGCACACGGAUUUGUUCCUUGAGUAGUCAGAGUUUGUCACCUUCCAUUGUUUCAUCUUCUGACCUGGGCUCUUUGGUGCUUCUCCUCUCGGGGGGGGGCAGGGGGAGGAACCAGGAGGAUGAAACAGACACCUUUCGCACUAACUCUGAGGGAGAAGGGGAAGGGGCUCCUGUCCUGGGAGUAGCCGUAACGCUGGACGGUGAUAGGGAAAAGGUGGGCAGCUGGGAAGGGUGCGCAGCAAAGGAUCCCCAGUUUCCAAGUGAGCUGCUUCAAGGUGAGGCCUGUGGUUUGUACCAGGAGCCUAGCAUGUGACUUUACAUUGUGGAGCAGAACCGGAGGGCUUUCUUGCAUGAACCGUCUUGCUGGAGGCUCCAUUUGGCCAAGGAUGUUCCGUGACCUCUAGCUGGGCCUUCCCUCCUGUGUCUGCAAUGCUCAGUUUAAAGAAGAACGUGAUAGAAUUGCCAGAUCUGGAUGGGGUUCACUUCUGCACAAAGCAGCCAAAAUGAGCCCGUCUUGGCCCUGAUCCGCAGAGCGGGCCAGAUGGUUCAAGUAAAAGAGAGCCAAGGAGCCACUGCCUUCAGCGAGUUGGAGAUUCAUUCUGAGACUAGUGUCCAAUUUCAGGAGGGUCAGACUCCAAACCGCUAGUCACAUAAUGGGGAUGAAAAAUGGAAUUUUGGUGCUCUGUUCCUUAUUAACAUUUUGUUCCAAGUAAUAUAGUCCUAGCCCUUCAAAAGAAAAUUAAUCAUUUCAGCUGAGUGAAUGAGUGUGCGUCUGCACGCAUUGUUUCUUUACAAAAGCAAAAUAGGAGAAUGUUUUUUAAAAUCCCCUGUAAACCUCAUGAACGACGUUUCUCCUCUGCAGGGGAUUGCUUGAUACUGAGCGAGGAGGUGCUCAGUAUCAUUAUUAUUAAUCAUUAUUAAUAGGGGUAAUCAUUAUUAAUAGGAAAAUAACUGGGUUGCAUGAAGAACGGCUGCCAGCUCUGGCCAUCGAAGCUAUCCAAGCAGGCAUCUCUUUGGGGGUGCCCUCUGGGUCAGUGUGUUCUUUGACGGUUGAAUUGCAAGUGAGGCUUUGGAGCACGCCUGUUGGGGUCUGCAUGCAGCCACUUGGGGUGGUCCAGACUGCCUCCUUCCUCUCCUAAAGUUGCCUAACCUGGGAGGGGCAGCAGUGGACAGGGCUGGCAAAAUCCUCUUGUUGCAUCCCAUACGCAAGUGCCACUGUCUGGAAGGGCUCAGAGCUGCUCUGGGGUGGGGGGGUGGGGGCUUUCCUCUGCAGCACUGGCCUGCACAGGGACCUCUCCUGGCAAUGUCCUUCCUGUCGACAUUUUGCUGGAGAUCAAAGCAGUUCUUGGCUGUUUUUGCACUUGGGUUAAAACUGACCCCACUUUCCAAACUCGCAAGGGAAAAAAUUCUCCAUUGUAUUGUUUCUGGCGUUUGGUUUGUUAAGUUCUUAGUGCUUUUUGUUUGUUUGUUGUUUUUAAAGCAAGGCUCUUUGUUGAAACUGAACAGGUUUCCAUGAAGGACUUGCCAAUGUGAUAGUUCUGGGUGGUUGCAAUGAAGUUUGCAGAUAACUUUCAAAACGGAUGCUUUGGUGCCAGCAUCUGGGAGGCCACAGCAGGCAGAAGGUGGCCAGUGGUUAGUUCCCUGUCUUGUUCCAUGGACCCUGCUCAAUUUGAUGGGGUUUAUACCGGAGAAUUUCUCAGCAAAUUGUGCUGUCCAUCUGGCUUGACACGUGGACCAGUUCUAUCCUUACAGGAGCCAGUUAUCAUGGCACAUUUUUUGGUGUUCCCCAGUCACAACUGUGAAGCAGUCUUCUGAGUGCCCCUACCAUGUAGGGGUGGCAUGAUUUGCCACAACCCUGGAAACCCUUUAGGAAGUGGGCUGCAUCAGGCAUGCUGGGUCUUAACCCUGCCAUCUCUUAGGAGCAUUCAGAAGACCAUUUUGCUACACCCAAACUACUCAGGAGAGUGGUAUUGAGUGCAUUGCAAGGGGGGGGAACCCACCCCUGUGCACAAAUGGUACGGGCUGGUUAGAAUUCUGUGAGUCCAACACUACUGAAUGUUCCAGGAUAUGAGCUCACCGCGCCUUUGAGGCAGCCCCUUCCUUCUGUGAGGAGUGAGCCCCCCCAAUACUUCUGCAUCUUUUGCUCCCUCUGCAGCCACACUCAACACACAAGCUUCUCAAUAGUAUGUUAAUUAAUUGCUCGUAUAUCUCUCUCUCUCUCUCUGUGUGUGUGUGUGGUUUGAUUUUGUGGGUGUCUGGUAAUUUUUUAAUUUUUAUUUUGGAGGAAGUAUUUUGUAAACUAAUGUGGUGAAAACAGCUUUUUUUGCACAACUCCUUGCACAAAAAGGAGAAAUGCUUAGGACAUUUAAGUUUUAACUUUAAAGGGAAGUCUCUUGGGGAAGGCUAGCGCAGCUCCUGAUUUUAAGAAGAGGGAAAAUGAAAAUGCAUAAAGACUAUAGUCUAAAUUGAAUUAGAUAUUAGCAUGUUGAUUGGAACUGUACAUUUAUUAUCCUGUUGUAAUUUUUAUUAAAACCAUGCCAUUGAA